AUGAUUUAGUAAGACUCAAUAGAGGAAUUGUAAUUUUAUGACAAGGAAUAAUAGAAUUACAUUAAUAACAGACCCUCUGGGCAACCAAUAGACAUAAACUAAAAGCUCAAAGAACUCAUUAAACUUGAUCAUAAAAAUAAUGAUGAUGAUGAGGAAGAUUCACCGGAGAUAAGUGAGGGAAAUGCCUUUCAUAUGGCAGAAGUUGGUGAUUAUUAGAAUGCUCAAGAGGGUGAUGGCAUGAUGAAUCUCAAGACUCAUUGGUUUAGAAUUACAACAAACAGAGAUCUUAGGUCAAUCAAAAAAAUUCAAGAAAUGCCUUUUUAAUACAAAACUCUAAAGCUUAAUCAUCUUUAAGAGGCUAGACUUAUCCAGUUUGAAGAAUACGAUCCAAUAAAUAAUAGUAAUAGACAAGACGGUUAGCUGACAGGAGAGAGACUCAUAAGCAUUAAUUCUAACUCAAAUAAAAUGAGUUUAAGUAAAACUUUCAACUUUCAAAUGGCAUUUAACUCUUAUAAUGAUAAGCAAUCAAUAAGUCAAGACUCACUUUAAGAAUCCUCUUAACAUGAAUUACAAGAUUCAAGUAUAGAAAAAGACAAACUUCAUAAUGAGUUGACAAUGAGAGUAGAUGAAAAAAUUAGGAUGAUAGCGGAAGAAUACAAUCAUUUGGCUCAAACUUAGGGCUUCAAUGAACUUUCUAAUUCUUAAUCAUUCUCUCAAGACACUCAUUAAGCUAAUCAGACUAACAGUGCCAGAGACUCUUAACCCAUAUUCAAAUAAGUAUCUAAAAGGAAUCAAAGUCAUGAAUCUUCUUAAAAGCCAUUUCAAAGGUUUACUCUUAACAACAAUCUAGUCAAUGAUUAAGAAAAUAAUGACCUGAAUGCAACUCUAAGCUUUAAGAGAAGUUCAUUGCUGUAAAAGCCAAAGCUUCAAGACCGAAUGAGUUCAACUUAGAACAGGACUCUUAGUUUCUCGAACCACGUCAAAGAUCUAACAUUUAGUAAAGUCAAUAACAACUCCUUUAUAAAUCCCCAAUAUAAUAAUAACAGAGCAAGAAAUUAUCAAACAAAUAAUGAAGCCGCAUCAUCAGAGUAGUAGAACUCCGAAUCAUCAAGCAACAAAAAUAAGAAUAGUUCCUAUCCAUUUAAUGGACUAGCGACUCAAAGCUUUAACAGAACAAUGGCUUUUGGCUAAGGUGGAUUCAAUCUUGGCAGUAAGAGGAUCGAAGAUUAAGUAGCAGAACUUAAGUAUAUGCUUGAGAAUGUCUAAUGUGAAGCUAAGAAUUUGAAGUUGCUACUGAAUUUAAAAGAUGAUUAGAUUCAGAUGUAUGAUUCUAAGAACCAGGACUUAAUCAAUGAGAAUGAGGAACUGCAAUAUAAACAAGAAGAUUACAAAUAGAAAAUGGAGGCUUUUGAAGAAGACAAUUUAUAUCUUAAAGCAAUUAUCAACAGUUAGAAUAUUGAUUAAGUUCAAUUGCAAAAGUAGAGCAUAGGGCUAAAUACUGAUGUGAUUUCUUAGAGAACUUAAAUUUGCUAAGCUACAUUUCCAUCAGUCAAGUUAUAGACAAGCCAGAUCAAUACUAUCGGUCUCUCGCCUAUCAAAGAGGAAUCACAUGAGUCAAAAAUAAUCAAGGACAUGCAAAAGCAGAUUGAUGAAAACGAGAAAGAAAAUAGGCAUCUUAAGUAAAGUUUGAUUGACUAUUCUGAUAAGAUUAGAAGACUUGAAAAGGAGUAUGAAAAUGUCCAGAACUAACUAUAAAUGACAAUAAAGGAUAAUCAAGAGAUUAAAAAAUCCUAUCAAUCUGAAAAUAAGUCAUUGUAUUGGCAACUGGAGAAUUAAAAGCAGCAGUUUAAUGAAAGAGAGCAGAGACUCAUGGAAGCACUCAAGGCUUUAGAAGAGUCAAAGCACAAUUCAAAAAAGAAAUCCAGUAAGAUUAAGAGUCUGAAAAAGGAAAGAGACGCUUUAAGGAUUGAAAUUCUAAAACUUAAAUAGAUCUACUCUGAAAAAUGUGAUAACUACAAGGAUAAUAGGCUGAAACUACAAAAAAAACUCAAGAAAAGAGAUGAUAAUAUUCAAAGACUAGAAGACUAACUCAAUUAAUAUGAGAAGCUAUAUAGAAAUUAAUACCAGUAAUCAAACAGGUUAAAUACUCAUUAGAACAAAAACAAUGAGUGGAAUUAGUAUUACGGAAAUACUGGUAAAUUUGGCACUGAUGCUGAUUAGUCCAUUCAUAUUUUAAAGAGCAGUAUAUCUUCAAGGUCUCUUGAGAACACAAGAAAUCUAAACUCUACUGCUAAAAAUGCCUUAAGAGGCAUAAACCAGCUCUACCUUAAAGGAGAGGCAUCAAAAGAUCAAUCAUAAAAUGUAAAGGAUAUUCUAGUUAAUCAAAAUAGCAAUCAGCCGCUAAUCUCAUUAUCAAGCUCUCCUAAGAUGAAGAAUCUGACUCCAGGUUCCUUACCCAGUGGCAUGGGAAUGAAUGGCAAUAAGAACUAUGGUAACUUCCCAGAUCAACAUUAAAAAGAUAAAGUUAUGUUGAAACUGAAGAGCCAUUAUAAAAAACUUGACAUUGAGGAAGAGAAGAACUAGAUUAGAAUGAUGAAUUAAAAUUUCAAAUAAAAUUACACCAACUAGUAAUUGAUUCAUAAGCAAUAUCAGUAGUUGAAUAACCACUUUACAUCUAAUGAUAAAUCAAAGAGCUUCUAUAGCUCAGAUAUUGAGAAUAAUACUUUGUUUGACUAGAAUCACAUUGUAAUGGAAGACCAAUCAAACAGCUCCAAUUUCUUCUCUAAUGUCAACAACUCAAACAGUCAUCUCUUCUUGGAUGAUUCUGCCCUAAUGAAUAAGCCAUUAGACUCCAAUAUUCAUGGUAAUCAGUAAAGAUAAUAAUUACAGGAUGCAAGAUACCUUAUGAAACAUGAAUCAACUCAUCAAAUCAAAGGGAUGAAUGAAUAUCCACAUCCAGGUAGCUAUUUCUAUCAGUCCAGUAUCAAGAAUCAGAUGCAAGGUCAGUCUACCCCAUAAUAUGGCAAAGCCCUCUUUAAUAAUAACCUUAAACAAAGUGUAAAGUAGCAACCACAACAUCUCUAGACUGCUGGUGAUGAAAAUGUUAUUUUCACUCAUAAUUUAAGAUUUAACAAUCUAAACCCAUAAAUUCAACCUCGAAAUUCAAAUUACAACCCUGGUAUUAAUACUGUUCAAUCAAAAUCUCCCAUUUCAAAAAAUAAUCUCGAUACUAAGAGACCAGACUCCAAUUCAAACCUUAUAAUUAGAAAUAGAUCAUCUUAAAAUUUAUCUCAAGGAGAUCUUCAUAAUAACACUUAGAAUUCUAUAGCCCAAAACAGAAAUGAUUCAACCACAAGCUCAAAUAGAAAUUUGCAUCAAAUCAAAGACGUCAUAAGACCACCCUCGACUUCAAGUACAAAUAACACGUCAGCAGUAUAUCAUAAUUAAGUUGCCAUGAUAUCAUAUUAAAGUUCUUCAUCUGGAGGGAGUAAAUAAUAUCAAAGCAAGCUGAACAAGCUUUAAAGUUUACAUUAAUAACAAUUUUAACAAUUACAACAUCACCAAUAGCUUUAACAACCAACUAAUGCCCCUACUUCGAAUAGUAAUAAUUACUAACCAUACUUCCAGAAAAAGAAUGCUGCUGCUCAAUAAACCUUCUAAUUGGGUAAUAUUUAUCCUUAGUACUAACCUAAUUCUCUGAAUUAUGCUAACUUCCCUUCAAGCACAUAGAGCACAUAAGCUUUCAAGCAAGUAAACACCUCAUUUAAAGGAAGCUCCUAGUAUCCUCAAUCAAAUUACAACUAAAUUGGCACUACUAAUCUUAACACUUCACAGAACACCAUAGAUGAGAAACAACCUUAAUUAAUAAACUACGCAACUUCUGCAAACUCCACCUCUCACUACACAUAGUAAAAUAUGGCUCAUCAUAAGCGUUAAAGGAGCAGGCAAAUUGAUAAUGAAAUUGGAAAUAUAAUUGGUGUGGGUUAAUAUGAGGAGAAGUAUACCUAGAAUCAUAGUCAUAUUCUCUAAAAUAAUAGAUCUUGA